CAUGUUGGAGCAACUUAGUGGUAGAUAGGUUGGGAAUCGUGAGUCAGUUGUGAAUGAGACGCGCAGAUGUUGAGAUCGCUCUGAUUGACGGCAUAAAGACAGUGAUAUUGUAAUUGAGUGUAAAAAAGACUACAUUUAAUUGAUAUUUGAAGUCUGCAAUAAGUAUUUAAGUGGAAUUGUGCAAACAUGCCUCAGGGAAGACGAAAGGUUCCAUUCAGCGGGAAAGCCAAGAAGGUGCAGAUGCAAGCUAAAAAACAGCGGCAACGAACUUUACUUACAACGAAUCAAGACUAUGGUGAUGAUGAAGCGUGCUUCAGCAAUGAAAAUCAUAUGGUUCAUGAGAGGCAAGUGCAAAAGAUAAAUAAACAACCAACAGAGGAUUGCAAAUCCUCAAGGAAUAGGUAUGCACUACAAUUCUUCCAAGAGUCCAAGGAGGAACUACGAAAACGCAAGGAACAAGCCUUAAAAAGUAUUAAGUCUGUGAGUAUCAAGGCUCAAGAAAUUUCCGACAAUUAUUUUCCACCUGGGAUUGAUAUGCCGAAGCGGCCUGCAUGGAAUUUUGACAUGACGAAGGAGCAGUUAGAGAUAAGAGAACAGAGAUACUUUACAGAAUACUUGAACAACAUGGAGGAAUUAAGUUUGAGUUAUUUUGAAUUGAAUUUAGAAACCUGGCGACAAUUGUGGAGAGUCUUGGAGAUAUCGGAUGUCCUGCUGAUCAUUGUCGAUAUCCGAUAUCCGGUUUUAAUGUUUCCCCCGUAUCUGUACGACUAUGUGACGAACAAAUUGCAGAAAGACAUGAUUUUGGUAUUAAACAAGGUUGAUCUAGCGCCAGCAUCCUUGGUGGUGGCUUGGAAGGAGUAUUUCCACAGUCAAUAUCCAAAAUUGCACAUUUUAAUGUUCACAUCGUAUCCUACUUAUAAUCUCCGUGGUAAUGUAAGCAACGAGGAGGGUCAAAAUAAUAGACGUCGAAGGGGAAAGCUGAGAAUGGCCGCAGAAGGAGCGCAAAAGUUAUUGGAGGCUUGUAGAAAUAUCGUUGGCGACAGAGUCGAUCUGAGCUCCUGGCACGAAAAGAUUCAGGAGGAAAUGCAUUUAGAGUACGAUUUAGACGACAUAGAUCACAAGGAUACUGUCACUAUAGAAAAAGAGGACACCACUUAUUUCCAGCAUGAAAGAUAUAAGAAUGGAGUUCUGACCAUUGGGUGCAUUGGAACGCCGAAUGUCGGAAAGUCAUCGUUGAUGAAUGCAUUGAUGGGCAAGAAAGUUGUGAGCGUUUCCCGCACACCAGGCCACACAAAACACUUUCAAACCAUUUUUCUUACAAAGAAUGUGUGCCUGUGCGAUUGUCCCGGUUUAGUGUUUCCUUCAACUGUUCCGAAACAAUUACAGAUAUUAAUGGGCUCGUUCCCAAUCGCUCAAGUAAGAGAACCGUACACGACUAUAAAGUUUAUGGCUGAAAGGCUAGAUUUGCCGAAAUUGUUGAGAAUUCCACAUCCGGAGAACGAUGAUAUAUGGUCUGCUAUGGACAUUUGCGACGGCUGGGCUAUCAAAAGAGAUUUCAAGACAGCCCGAGCGGCUAGAUUGGACACGUAUAGAGCGGCGAAUUCAUUGUUACGAAUGGCGUUAGAAGGAAAGAUCUGCUUGUACAUAUAUCCACCGAAGUGGAGUGUUAAUAAAGAAAAAUGGGCAACUCACGCAGAUUUUGAAACUGUAAAAUGGAUCCAAGCUAGAAAUCAAGAAGAGGAAUCCAAUACGCCGUCAGAAUACAUUUCUUCGGAAGAGGAUGCAACCUACAGCGGAAAGCAAGGUUCUUCUGAAGAUGCCUCAGCAGAAUCGAGCGAAGAGAUUGAGGUACCGCUCACAGUUAAUAAAUUUUCAGUGUUGUCUACAGAACAAUAAAGUCAUUUAUUAUACAUUUUUCUCUCGGGUUUUUAAUAUUCAUCUUUUUUUUUACACACAUAUAUAUAUUUCUUUCUUAAUAUAUAAUGAGCAAUCUGAUAACAAUGGAGAAUAGUCGAGUGAUCUUUUUGUGUUUUCGCCCGCGAAACACAACGCUGUGACAGAAUAUUGUAUGAGUAAAAAUAGAUCAUUUUUUAUACAAGCCGCUACUCUGCUGUAAAUAUGUUUCUCUCUGUUUUUUUCAACUUUAGUUUUAGUUACUUUUAGUUUUUUAAGUCAGUUUUAAUUUCUUUUUGCGUCAACUUGUACAUUAAUUAUUUACAAUGUAAUCAUAGUUUGCAACUGUUGUGAUGUCAUGUUGGUCCAUUAUGAGCUGAUCGAAUUAAGAUAUUUUUCUUUAACUAAUAUAAGCUACAUCAUGGGAAUGAUAGAGAUAAAAUAACUUAAAAUCAUCUACAGUUUGCACAUAAGAAAUAAUCUCUU